AUGCCUCCUCGUCAACGAAAGCUGCACAGCCAGGUCUUUCCUCCUGCUCCCUCCUUCACAGAGAAGCAGCUCCCCGACCUCACUGGCAAGGUCUACCUCAUCACCGGAGCCACCUCUGGACUCGGCCAAGAGCUAGCAGGGCUGCUAUACUCGCACAAUGCCACCGUCUUCCUCGGUGCACGUUCCCAGGCGAAAGCCGACACCACCAUAUCGAGCCUCCAGGCCGCCCACCCGGCCUCCCACGGUCGUCUGGUCUCGGUGCUCAUCGACUUUGCAGACCUGUCCACCGUCAAGUCUGGCGCGGCCGCGUUCCUGUCACACCCCGCCUCGGCCGGCAAGCUGCAUGUGCUCUUCCACAACGCUGGCGUCCUGGCGCCACCGAAGGGCAGUGCGACCAAGGCGGGUCACGAGCUCGCCCUGGGCACACACGCCAUCGGCCCGCAGCUCCUGACGAGGCUGCUGGAGAGCAGGCUGAAAGAGACGGCCGCGACGGAGGAUAAGAAUACGGUGAGGAUAGUCUGGGUGGCAAGUACCGGCGCGACCCUGGCUCCGCAAGGGGGGAUGGACGUGAAAAACUUGGCAGACCAUGAAAAGGGGCCGAUUGAGAAAUAUAACAUCAGCAAGGCGGGCGCGAUGUUCCUGUGCGGGCUGUGGGCAGAGCGUCUGAAAGCGAAUGGAAUCGUCAACAUUUCUCUCGAUCCGGGAAAUCUAAAGACAAACUUGCAACAGACCUUCAGCCAGGAGGUCAGCCGCAUUGGCGGCCCUAUUCUCCAGCUGUUCCUCCACCCUGCGAUCAAGGGUGCUUACACGGAGCUCUUCGCGGGCUUCUCACCAGAUGUGACUGUAGAGAAGGGCUUAUUUCCGUGGGGCCGGCUUGUGAAGUUUCCCCGGCAAGAUAUCAUUCAGGGGUUUUCGUCUGAGGCUAAUGGAGGUACUGGGAAUGCGCAGAAGUUCUGGGACUGGUGCGAGGUUCAGAUCCAGAGUUAUCUGUGA